UGCCAGAAUUCGCUUUGCAGCACUGCCUCAGUUGGGGGUACAAAAAAUAACGGGAGCAAGAUGAUUUUGCGCUCGUGGGAUCGGGUUAAACCGCGUUCCGUUUCGGAUUUCGCAUGUUUCCUCCUGGUGGCUGUCUUUGUGCCCGUGACAUACAUCUUCCAGGUGACCGUUGUCAUGCCGCAACUGUUUGCCAUCGGAGGGAUUUGGUACACGUUAUUAUGGUUGGCUAGCCUGUUCAUCAUCUUCAACAUCACCUCCAACAUGCUGGCCUGCAUGCUUGUGGACACCAGUAUCCGGAAGGAGCUCCUGAAGCCACCAAUGGAUGCGGUGCAGCUGGCUCGGUGGCACUCUUGCCACGAUUGCCAAACACUGGUGCCACCUCGAUCCUGGCACUGCGAAGUGUGCAACGUGUGCGUGCUGAAGCGGGACCACCACUGUCGGUUCACUUGCUGCUGCAUCGGGCACCACAACUACAGGUACUUCUUCUACUACCUGGUGUACAUGAUAAUCGGAUCCUUGGCGGCCGCCAUCAUGGAGAGCAUCUAUCUGUGGCAUCUCCAUCUGGACAUCUACUGGCGCUGGUCCACGCUGUUCACCAUCCUUGCUCCUGUGGUUAGCCUAAUGCUGUCACCAAGCUGGGAGUCUUUCUACUUGGUCAUAUAUGAUCUCACCCUUCUGGGCUUCGCCAUAUCAUCCCUGCUCCUUGUCUUCCACUGGUCGAUAUUCAAGAGCGGUGCGGUGACAAGGGAGCGCGGCACAAGGAAGUACGAUCGCGGCUUGCGGGGUAACCUGGAGAUGGUUCUGGGCAAGAGAAUGCAUCUCACCUGGCUGUCGCCGUUUCUACGCAGUGAUCUGCCCCACGACGGGGUGAACUGGGAGCCCAUAGCCGCCUUUUCUCCAAAGGAGGAAUAGAUCUGAAUUGUGUCUUACCCGUAUUUGACAUUCAUUAGAGGCAUUUACUUAUAUGUAUUAUUUUAAGACUCACUAGUCAACAUUUGAUCUGAAUUUGUAUCCAAAUUCUUCGUGUAUAUCAUACAUUUUAUACUAGUCAAUAAUUGGUAUUGUUAUUCACAGCUUGACCAAGAGAAAUUAAUGUUUAAUAUUUCAAAAUAUCACUUUUGAUCAACUGACAUGUUAAAAUAGUACAAAACCCUUUUAUUAACAUAAAGCUUUACAAAAUA